AUGUCUGUUGUUCCAGGGCGCAGAAACUACGGUGCCCCGGAAAACUUCAGGUACGAUCCUGAGAUUCGUCCAUACUACGUCGAAACCUGGAACAACCCUCCCCACUUCCACAAUUUUCAUUCCGAAGCCACUCUCACGGUGCCAAAUCACCAUGCUUUCCAAAGAUCCAUGAUCAGCGGCACCACCAAUACUGAGUGGAAAGACACCCCCGAUGCAUUCAUCUUCAAAAUACACCUUCCAGGCCUCUGCAGGAAUGACGUUAAGCUGGAAAUAGAGGACGGUCGAGUUCUCUGUAUAAGUGGCGAGAAGACCGAGAAACAAGAGGGCUGGAAUUAUACAGAGAAUACGAAAUUCAUCACACGUGUUGAAUUGCCUGAUAAAGCUAAGCUUGACAAGAAUAAGAUCAGAGCUCACAUGGAGAAGGAAGAGCUCACUGUGACCAUACCCAAGAAGGAGAUGAAGAAUCAUCAUUAUUCCAUGCCCAUUCCUAUAAGCGGCCCUCACGGAUCAGGAAAAAUAUUUUAG